AUGUUUGGCUUUGGUUUGAAAUUUUUGGGAUUAGGAUUUCAAGUCGUCUUUAGAGCAACAAAAGCAGCAUUUGGUUCUUCCUUAUUACUUGCAGACUUGUACUCUUCUUCAACACAGUUUUACCACAAGAUUUUUAAUGAUCUUUUUGAAAAUAAUAUUUUGAACUUCACCAUCAUAUGUUUGGUGUUAUCACCUGAACCUAUAGAAGUCCAUCAGCAACAGUUGUUUAAGCUGGGUGGUAUCUCUUCUUUACCAACAUUAUUUUAUUAUUUGACUGAAAGUAAUGCUUUUACUUUAAUGUUUCAUCAUUCAUUGAAUUUUGGUUGUGAUAAUGGGGUUAAACAUCAAGUUAUUAGUUUGUUGCAUCAAGUUAAAUUGUGUGGCAUCAUCAGUGUUGGUGACCUCAUCUCACAACAGACUUCAAAUUCUGUGGAUUUAAUUUUACUGAGGGGAAAUAUUUUUGUUGAAAAUAUUUUUACUUCCUAUGCUAUUGGACUCCUGUUCUCAAAUGUUUGUAAGUUCUUUAUUACAACAUAUGUGUAUUAUAUUGUUGCUGUCAAAAAAAAUUUAUAA